AUGAGAUUCACAAAUAUUUUAGCUAGUUCAUUAGCUUUAUUAUCAUCAAGCGUUUUAGCUGUCGAUGUUGCUUGUUUAGUUGAUGGUGCUCCAGUUGCAGUUGUUGAUUUAGAUACCGGUGUAUGUCCAUUUACUAUUCCAGCUUCAUUACCUCAACCAAUUUUUGAAUAUACUUCACCAGAAGAUUAUGAUGUUUUAUUCUACUACUCAUUAGUUGAUUUAGUUAGAUAUUUCACUGAUAUUGUUGAAGCUGGUAAUGUCAUUAAUAUUCCAGCUAGAUUUUUAUAUGGUACUUCAGGUGCUCCAUUAUAUCAAGUUGCUGCUCAAGAAAUUCCAGCUUCAAAUUCAACUGCUGGUAUUAGAAAAAGAUUAAUGAAAUCAACUCCAUUAGUUAAAAGAGAUGAAGCUGAAGAUUUUGCUGAAUCAUUAAAAGAAUUAAAUGGUACUUUUGUUCAAUCAAGUGCUUUCGAAGUUGUUGAUUUGAAUGAUACUGAUAUUUCAUCAGGUGCUCCAACUGGUCCAAUUGAAACUAUUCACUCAACUAUUAUUGAAACUGAAACUGUCUCAUGUUCAACUACUACAGGUACUUCAACUUUAUCAGAUGGUUCUGAAUCUGUUUGGACUUCAUCAACUCCAAUUUUAUCUACAGUUACUGCCAUUGCUACUCACGUUGUCACCAUUACUUCAUGUCAUGAAGAUAAAUGUCACUUAACCACUGUUCCAGGUACUGAAUCAGUUGGAACUACUACUGUUGAAGGUGUUGAAACUGUUUACACUACUUAUUGUCCAUUAUCAUCAGUUGCUCCACCACCAUCAACCAAAGCUAUUACUACUACUGAUUCUCAUGGUGCUCAUACCACUUACGAAGCUACUGCUUCAUGGACCACUAAAACUUUCGAAGGUGUUGUCACUUCAUUCAUUACAUACUGUCCAUUAACUGAAGAAGGUCAUGAAGCUGGUGCUACUACUACUAAACCAGCUGGUCAUGGUGAAACUGCUGCUACUGAAUCAGGAAAACCAGGUAAAACAGUCAUUGCUUCAACCUCAGUUUAUACCUCAGGUGCUUCAACUAUUACCACUGUUGUUCACAAAACCGUUGCUGUUGAAUCAGGUGCUCAUCAUGGUGAAUCUGUUAUUGCUUCAACUUCAGUUUAUACUUCAGGUGCUUCAACUAUCACUACUGUUGUUUACAAAACCGUUGCUGCUGAAUCAGGUGCUCCAGGUGCUCCAGAAACUCAUGUUACUCACGCUACUACUGGUACUCCAGCCCCAGCUCCAGCUCCAGCUCCAACUUCAACUCACGGUUCUACUGUUGCUGCUCAAUCAUCAGGUCCAGCUUCUGCUGCUGUUUCAACUUAUGCUGGUUCAGCUUCAUCAAAUGGUGCUGCUUACUUAGCUUUAGCUUUAAUCCCAUUAGCUUACUUCUUUUAA